AUGGCGACGAACGGCAAUGCUCAGAAAGUCAUCUCCCCUUCCAAGCUAGCUCGCAUCGUCUCACGCACAAACAAUUUCGCGAAGAUGAAGUGGUAUUACGAGACAUUUCUUGGUGGGCAUUCUGUCUGCACCAACGAAGGAAUGGCAUUCAUCACCUACGACGAUGAACAUCAUCGGAUUGCUCUCCUCAGCAAACCGAAUCUUGGGGACAACACAGGCAAUACUAGCGGUCUCGAGCAUAUUGCCUUCACAUUCGACAGUCUCGAAGACUUGUGCACAGCAUACAAACAGCGCAAAGCAUUGGACAUCACACCGGGUUGGUGUGUGAACCACGGCCCAACAACUUCGAUGUACUAUAAAAACCCCGAUGGAAAUCAAAUUGAGACUCAAUUUGACAAUUUCGGAACUGCGGAAGAAGCUACGGCUAUGAUGCAGACUCCGGCUUUUGACGAGAAUCCUCUUGGUGCGGACUUCGAUCCUGAGGAUCUUUGCCGUAGUGUCGAGGCUGGAGAAAGUGUUGCAAGCAUUGCAAAGAGGAAGGACGUUGGACCUAGAGGUCUCGAUGACCUGGGAGCGUUGAGAGAGAAGGUGAAUGCAAGCCAGACUGGCCCAGCAGUUGAUACUGAAGCUUGAAAUAUUGUCUACUGACAGUCUUUACCC